AUGAAGUAUCUUGAGUCAUGUGUGAAGACAAGGUACAUGCUCAGAGGUCAAUUGGCUAAAAUUGCACCGUUGGCAAAUGUGAAUAUCCGAGUCAACAUUCCGACUGAGAAAGGUUCUUCACAUGACGACUAUGUUGUUGACUUCAAAUUGCCAUGGUUGAAGAUUGUAAUUGUCCACAACCACUUCAUGUUGAACGAAAGUCUUAUGUUCGGAAAAGGCAAGUGCAACAUUGUCAGAGCUGUUAACAUUCUUUUCGAGAAAGGUUUGUUGGAACCAAUUCCAGAUGACAAGCUGACAGAAAGUUUUGUACCAAAAGACGAAACAAACUUUUCACUGUUAGCAAGACCAAAAGUUGUUCCAGACAAAGUUCUAGUACAAAAGAAGUACACAGUUCCAAAAGGAGUUGGAUUGUUCGGAUACCAACCUGAACCAGAAGAACUUCCAAUGAGGUUGCAAGAACUUCAAGAUGCUAUAAACAAACUCCCAUUGAGACAUCCAAUUGACGUCAAAUUGUAUUGGAGAGCAUCUGAGUUAGGUCAGAAGGUUUUAUAUGAAACAGGUUGCUUCGACGAUGUUUAUGAGAUAACAGGAGAAGUUUCUCAGAAGAUAAGAGACUCACUUGAAUUUCCAAAAACUGGUCCGAUUGGAUGCGAUAAGUUCGACUCAGAUGAAAAAAUAUACUAUGUCGACCUUAACGCCGCAUACAUGAGGUUCGUCCAAUAUAUCCCGACUGGAAUUCCAAACGAAGAUGGUGAGUUCCCAGGAAGGAACUAUACAGUUGGAAAAGUCAUACAACAACUGUAUGAUAUUAGGAAAGCUUCAAACCCCAAACUUGCAAUGACAUUAAAAUUGCUUAUGAAUUCGACAUGGGGGUAUUCCAUUAAAAAACCUCAAGAGAUGAAGAGUAAACAUUAUGAGAAGGUCGACAACUUUGUUGAAAGGUUUUCUCCUUUUGUUUUGAAAUACGAAUUUACCGAAG